UCCCAGGUCUAAGGCAACAUUGUUGUAAUUAAGGAAAACCUGUGCAUGAGUUGGCUGAGUACUGUCUUGCGGAGUCCUUCGUCCUCACCGAGUGGGAGGGUCACACUGGGAGAGACUAAUAAGGGCAGAGAUGCGUCCCCCUUCCCCACUCACAGGGAGCUCACUCGGGCCACUCCUCGGCGGUGCGGCAGCCCUGUCCGGACUCCACUGCGCCUCAGAGGGGCUCAAACACAAAUUCAAGAACUGUGGCCACUUGUUCACAUGGUUUCAAGACACAAUGAGGCGCACUGGCUCUUGGAAGCUUUGGCCUUGGGUGGCAGUGUUCCUGCUUCCUGCUUCUACUUCCGUGACGGUUAGGGACAAGCCAGAAAAACAGUGUCCUAUUCUGAGGACAGUGGGAUAUCAGUUCACACAAGACAACAGAAAUGAACUUGAAGUUUCAGGUUUUGAUCUAGGAGAGAGCUUUUCUCUGAGACGUGCAUUUUGUGAAGGGGAUAAAACCUGUUUCAAAUUGGGAAGUUCACUUCUUAUUAGAGAUACUAUUAAGAUAUUUCCUAAAGGCCUUCCUGAGGAGUUCUCUGUAGCAGCUGUGUUUCGUGUACGAAGAAACACCAAAAAGGAGCGGUGGUUUCUGUGGCAGGUUUUAAACCAGAAAAAUAUGCCACAGAUUUCUGUCAUAAUUGACGGUGGAAAGAAGGUGGUAGAGUUUAUGUUCCGAGCUGCUGGGGGAGACAUGUUGAAUUACAUUUUUAAAAAUCGGGAACUCCGUCCUUUGUUUGACCGUCAGUGGCAUAAACUUGGCUUCAGCAUACAAUCCCAGGUCCUUUCACUCUAUGUGGAUUGCAGUUUAAUUGCAAGCCGGCAGACUGAUGCGAAGGACACUGUGGAUUUUCAUGGGAGGACAGUUCUGGUGGCACGAGCUGCUGAUGGCAAGCCUGUGGACAUUGAACUUCACCAACUUAAAAUCUACUGUAAUGCAAACUUCAUAACUCAAGAAACAUGUUGUGAAAUAUCAGCUACUAAGUGCCCAGAGCAGGAUGAUUUUGGAAGUACUGCGUCAUCAUCCGUAACUGCUCAUGCCAGUAAACUGUCUACAUUUCUGCCCACAAAGCAGGAAUUUAGAGACUUGUGCCAGUGCGUUCCAAGCAAGGGAGAAGCAGGAUUACCAGGGACUCCAGGUUCACCUGGGCAGAAAGGAGAGCCGGGUACAGAUGGUAGUAAAGGUGAAUUUGGUGCUCCUGGAAUUCCUGGGGAAAAGGGUGAAAAUGGUUUACCUGGUGCCCCAGGCUUACCUGGUCAAAAGGGAGAACAAGGUUUUGAAGGCAGCAAAGGAGAAAUUGGUGAAAAGGGUGAACAAGGAGCAAAAGGAGACCCAGGACUGGCUGGCCUUAAUGGACAAGAUGGUUUGAAGGGUGACUUGGGUCCUCGUGGUCCACCUGGUCCAAAAGGAGAAAAGGGAGACAUGGGGCCUCCAGGAUCAACAGCCUUAACUGGUUCCAUAGGGAUGCAAGGCCCCCAAGGUCCACCUGGAAAAGAAGGUCAAAGGGGAAGAAGAGGAAAAACAGGACCACCUGGAAAACCAGGACCCCCAGGACCACCUGGACCUCCUGGAUUACAAGGAAUACAACAGACUCUUGGUGGAUAUUUUAACAAGGGAAAUGGUGAACUUGGAGCUGGUGACCCUAAAGGAGAAAAGGGUGAAACAGGACUGCCAGGAUUUCCAGGGUCUGUUGGCCCUAAAGGACAAAAAGGAGAACCUGGGGAACCCUUUGUAAAAGGUGAAAAGGGAGACCAAGGAGAACCUGGAAUAAUAGGAUCACAGGGAAUAAAGGGAGAACCUGGAGACCCUGGUCCCCCUGGUUCAAUAGGAAACCCAGGACUGAAGGGUCAACAAGGACCUGCAGGUUCCAUGGGACCCAGAGGACCACCAGGAGAUGUUGGAUUGCCAGGAGAACAUGGUAUCCCAGGAAAACAAGGCAUCAAAGGAGAAAAGGGAGAUCCAGGUGGGAUUAUAGGCCCUCCUGGGCUUCCAGGUCCGAAAGGUGAGGCCGGUCCUCCAGGGAAAAGCCUGCCAGGGGAACCAGGAUUAGAUGGAAAUCCUGGAGCACCUGGUCCACGUGGGCCAAAGGGUGAAAGAGGACUGCCAGGUGUCCAGGGCUCCCCAGGUGACAUGGGUCCACCAGGAGCCGGAAUUCCCGGCAAAACAGGCUCCCAAGGACCAACUGGAGAGCCAGGUAUUCAGGGUCCUCGAGGUCUCCCUGGGUUACCAGGAACUCCAGGGACCCCAGGAAAUGAUGGAGCUCCCGGAAGGGAUGGAAAGCCAGGACUGCCAGGUCCCCCGGGUGACCCGAUUGCCCUUCCUCUCUUGGGAGACAUCGGGGCCUUGUUCAAGAAUUUCUGUGGCAACUGCCAAGCCAAUGUUCCUGGGCUAAAAAGCAACAAAGGAGAUGAAGGAGGUGCUGGUGAGCCUGGAAAAUACGAUUCCAUCACCAGGAAGGGUGAUAUAGGACCACGGGGUCCUCCAGGAAUUCCAGGCAGAGAGGGACCAAAAGGAAGCAAAGGAGAGCGCGGCUACCCUGGUAUACCUGGGGAGAGAGGUGAAGAGGGUCUUCAAGGAAUUCCAGGCAUUCCAGGUGCUAUGGGCCCUACUGGACCCCCUGGCUUAGUGGGAAGAACUGGACAUCCUGGUCCCAUGGGAGCAAAGGGUGACAAGGGCAGUGAGGGACCCCCUGGGAAGCCUGGACCACCUGGACCACCUGGUGUACCAUUCAAUGAAGGAAAUGGCAUGAGCAGUUUAUAUAAAAUCCAGGGUGGCAUGAACGUUCCUAGUUAUCCAGGGCCACCUGGUCCCCCUGGCCCAAAAGGCGAUCCUGGCCCAGCGGGAGAGCCUGGUGCAAUGGGGUUGCCAGGACUAGAAGGAUUUCCAGGUGUAAAGGGAGAUAGAGGCCCAGCAGGUCCUCCAGGAAUAGCUGGAACAUCGGGGAAGCCAGGUACCCCAGGGCCUCCAGGAGUUCCAGGGGAGCCAGGUGAGAGGGGACCUAUUGGAGAUAUUGGUUUCCCUGGACCAGAAGGACCCUCUGGAAAGCCAGGAAUAAAUGGAAAAGAUGGAUUACCAGGUGCUCAGGGCAUUAUGGGUAAACCUGGAGACCGAGGCCCCAAAGGAGAACGGGGUGACCAGGGAAUCCCAGGAGACAGAGGUCCACAAGGUGAACGAGGAAAACCAGGCCUUACAGGCAUGAAAGGAGCUAUAGGUCCUAUGGGGCCACCAGGAAACAAGGGCUCCAUGGGAUCCCCUGGCCACCAAGGCCCUCCAGGAUCCCCAGGAAUCCCUGGCUCUCCGGCUGAUGCAGUUUCAUUUGAAGAAAUAAAGAAGUACAUUAAUCAAGAGGUCCAAAGGAUUUUUGAAGAGAGGAUGGCUGUGUUUCUAUCCCAACUCAAGCUGCCAGCAGCAAUGUUGGCUGCUCAAGCUCAUGGGAGGCCUGGACCACCAGGAAAGGAUGGGUUACCUGGGCCACCAGGAGACCCUGGACCCCAAGGCUACCGAGGACAAAAGGGAGAAAGAGGUGAACCUGGAAUUGGAUUGCCAGGUAUUCCUGGGACUUCAGCUAUGGGUUUGCCAGGCUCACCAGGUACUCCAGGGCCCCAGGGCCCCCCAGGACCCAGUGGAAGAUGUAACCCAGAAGAUUGCCUCCAUCCUGUGUCUCAUGCCCAUCAGCGGGCAGGUGGGAAAUGAGCACACCUGAGGAAGACUUGGUUCCUAAGGAUACCUUCCGCCCUUGGAGCUAUCUUAUUUCUGUCAAACUCUCACAGUUUGUGGGCUGCUUUUUUUUUUCUUUUUAGAAUUUUUCUGUAAGUCAGACAUUAAAUGCAAAAGUUUGAAUCCUGUCCCUACAAUAAUUGCAAAUUAGUAUUUCAGAUUUUCCCCAAAUUCAUUCCAUAUGUUUUGCCUCAUCAUUACUAUGCUUUGUAUUCAGUUUUAUAUGAAACAUGCAAGCAAAUCUUAUUGUUAGUACAUCAAAAAAAACCAUCAUAUGAUUUGGUAGACGGAUGAUGAUGUACAUUUUGUGGACUUGUCAACAUGUAAUUGACCUCUGAUUUCUGAAUUCUAAAGUUUCAGACUUGAAGUUUUCUUAGCAAUGGAAUUUAGUGUCAUUGCUAAAAAUUUUGUUCACUUUCUUAUGUAUUGCUCCUAUUAACCUUUUUUGAUUACUUUUACAAGAAUUCUUAUGCCAUCCUACAUCCAUCCUACUUUUGCAGAAAAAUAUUUAGGCAAUAAGAGCUUCACUUUAUAACUAUGCUUUGGAAAAAUUACAGGAGACUGUUUUAAUCAGGGAGCCCCAAAACUCACCAUCACCAACAGCUAAAGUAAUUUUUUUGAUUCUUUAUAUAAUGAAUUUUAUUCAAAGCAAUCACUACUUGCAUGAAUACAUACUGCAUGGGGGGAAAAAAAGGAACAAAGUGCCAAUUGUUUAAGAGUCCCACGAAAAAAGCCUAGCACUCUGUGUUCCCUUCACUGAGUUUCUCAUUUAAUGAAGAGAAGAAAGCUCUUUUCCCUAAGAGGUGUUUGGUGGUUAAGGCACCGAGGCAUCUUUGGUACUCAUGAAGUUUAAAGGGCCUCAUUUUGGGCCCCUGUACCUGUUUUCCUUCUGACCUCAUGACCCUCAGACUUUAAGACAAGAACUGGCCACCGAACCAAGGACAGAUUUGUAGCAACCGAAGAAGAAACCGACUUGCCCUAGCGGAUGAAUGUGUGGUGUCAACAAAUGCAUAUUGAGAAGGUGCAGCCCAAAAGCUCCUAAGGAGAAUAAUGUUUCUCCAGAAGCUUUGGCAUGGCAAAGGAAAGCUAUGAGACCACACGUGCAACUGGCACUCAGAUGAAAGAGCUAACACUCUCCCCAAAACCACAUCCUCUGAGAGGAAAUGAAGACACAGUGAUCGUCAACUGUUUUGCUACAUGGUAUUUUUAUUGCCUAUCUAUACACUAUUCUGAGAAACUUGUGGUUGAAAACAACAAAUUUUAUAGAGUAGUAGAAAUGAGAAUGUUGCUGAACCUAGCUGGUGGAUCCCACAGAUGCAGAGAACACACCACCAGAGCCCUCCUGUCACAGAAAUCAGGAGUUCACACCUCUUCAAGGAGCAGUGCAGAUUCUAAUUGGACAUGAUUACUUUUGUCUGUUAGUGGAAAAAUGAGUUUAGAAAAGCAAGCCCACUGAAAUUGGAGAAAGCUGUGAACAGAGUUGUGCCUGAGGAGCAUGCCUAAAUUAAGGCAGAGUUUAUUUAAAUGCACCCAUGAUUUGAACUGGUUUUCAUUAUUGACGAAUGAACUGCUGGUCAGGUACUGUCUACAUGGCUGUGCAUACAUACAACCUUUUAGUUAUUUCAUGUUGAAUUUUGCUGUAUAUUUCAAUUCCAAUUUAUUUAUUUUCCAAGGUUAUCCUGUUUUUAACUUUAAAUUGACUUUAUUUUGUUUCUUGUGCAAUACCUAUAAUGGUGCUGUGGUUUAAACUUACACAAUUGGAAUAUGCAUAUGCAUUUUACAUAUGUAUUGCAUUACUAAAAUAAUAAUUUAUCCCAAAAAGUGUAUAUAGAUUUAAAAUUUGGUGCUAUCUGUAUAUUUUGAGAUUUUAAUUUGUUGAAUUUUAUGAACACUUACGACUUAUCUGAAACAUUAAUUUACUUGAAUUUGUCAUAAAGCCAAACGUUUUAUAUGUUUUCAAAGAGUAUUUUUGCAUAUUAAUAGGUAAUUUAUCCUUUUUCCUCUUGGCUAAUUCAAAAAUAUUUAUUUUAUCAUUUCAAUGUUUUCUUGGACUGUUUUGCCGAUGGGUGAUCAAUGUAUUUUGUUUUCUUUAGUCAAUCCUUUGUAUACAUAAAAGAUGCAAUUCAUUUUCUUGUUUUAUAAAUUCUGAUCACUUUAGUGCUACAGAAUAAGCCAUGCAUCCUUUCUUAUGAAUUGUAUAGUUAGGAAUCUUUUUCUAAAUUGCACAAAUGCUUGACUGGUUUAUUCCUGUUUCAAGGAUUUGGAUUUCUUUAGGUAAUCUGAAUAGGAGAGGAGACAAAAUAUAACGUUAUAUGAUGCAUACUACAAAGUAUGUCACAGUGGCUCAUUUUUUCUACAUAGAAUAUUUGACUAAGUUUGACAUAACUGUGGAAACAGGACUGUGUUCACAUGGUUCGAGCCUCUCACCCUGUUGUUAUUUAUCUUCAUAUACUAUUUCCUGCCUCCACUGUAUUCACCUGACGUGCAAAAAAAAAAAAGAGGGGCUGCAUGAAAACACUGGGUGCAGCUCAGUGAACACAACACUAGAUGAAGUAGCCAUCUGGCAGAUGCCCAGUUCCCUUCAAAAAAAGUAGAUACUUUGGGCCCCAAGUAGGGUAGGAAAUUCUCCUCUAAGUAACUUGAUGGCUGCCAUUUCUCUUGAACCAUUAGUUUUGUCCAAAACAUUUACUUACUUGCACAUAGAUGUCAGGGAUGGCCACAACAGGGAUAAAGAAUUAUUAAAUUUCUAUCAUAUUUGAUCAAAAUCUUUCUUUGUAAAGAAUAAGUUUUGACUUCAAUUAGUAUUUAUGGCCUUCAGAAUGGAAAGAAAAAAGGAAAACUAAUACCUUUGUUCAUUGUUCUUCUCAACUGAGGACAGUAUUAGUUCUAACCAUAACAGAUACACAGUCAACUUUUUUUAACUCCUCACCUUGAUGGAAGUAAUUGAGUGAAUAACCUCAGGUGCUUAUUUCUGUAUUUCAUGACGUUGUUCAGAAUUUUACAUUUUAGUCACUUACAGAGCUUAAGUGAUUAUUUUAGAAUACAUUGUCUGUAAAAUUUGGCAUUUGAUAUUUGGCUUAUUAUUUCUUGUGAAUAUGUUUAGGUAUUAAAUGAGGCUUAGCUUUUCUGCAGUCUCCCUCACUUACUGGGAACCCGUGACAUACCUCCUUUUGUUCACAAGAUGGUGUUUAAGGCUAUUCAUUCAAACUAAGCAAGCUCAGAAGUACAGGCAAAGAAAGUUCAAUGGUCAAUUAAAUCAGAUUUUUGCUCUUGCGCUUUUUUAAAAAAAGACUUUUGUAAAUAAUGUCUUGUUAAUUUAAGUUCUAUUUGUUUUGUUAAUUUAUGCUUUUCCUAAUUUAAGUAUCUUUAUGAAGCAGGCACAGCAGCCUUUGGUUUCUGAUUGUUUCAGUUUUAUUUCUUCAGUGUGAAUACACAUAAAUAUGUACCUAUAUACGCAGUUAAAGUGCAAGUUUACUUCUGUAACUUCAUUUGUAUACUACCCUCCUGUUUUAGUGAUUAACAUGAAGACACCUAAGUUGUCAUUCUGCCUUUUAGACAGGAAAGAUACUCACUGUUGACAGACAGUAAAAGGCAUUUAGCUUACCACAAGUAGACAAUUUAUAAAAUCACACGUCUAAACUCCAUCUUGAAGACACUUAAGUUUUUGCAGUUAUAUUUGUAUAAUCUUGCAUUUUUCUAGAAAUAUAUCACUAUUUAUCAAUAUAAGCUUGAAGCAUUAUUUUUCCAAAUACCACUUUUUUCCUAACAUUAGUAAUAAUAUUCUGAGACCGAGAAUUCUGAGUUUAAGUGAUACACCGAAGUUGUUUCCAUGAAUCCUCAGAAUAGUUUUGCAGAUUUGUUCCUUGCUCGUUCUGAAAUAUUUUUCACACUUGUCUGUGCCCCCUUAAGACACAGUGCUUCCUGACAUGAUUCCCCAUGUUGUUUCUUAAUACAUGAGGGUGUUACCUGGUGUAGAGGUACGCACUCUACUUUCAUACCUCUCAUCUCACAAUGAUUACCUAGGCUUCUAAGAGAAGAUGCAGUAAAGAAUUUAACCAGUAUCUUUUAUGCCUAUUUACUUCAAAAUGGCCUAGCUCAUUGAAUUGUAUUCAUAUAUUAGUUGGCAAGCAAAAGUAGUAUUAAUUACAUUAAAUGUGUUCAAUUACUAGGAGUCUCAGGAAAUAGAAUAAUUAUUUUCAUUUUUAUUUUCAGAUGUAGCUGGAGCUAUAAUCUGAACAUUUCAUUCAAAAUAGCAUGUCAGAGUUAACUGGUCAUUUUAAAAAAAUGGAAUGAAGUACCAUGUGAACACAGAGAAAAUACAUUCAGACAAGUAGGCACAGCACAGGAAAAAAAAAAAAAAAAAAAAAAACUAACUGAAAAACACUCAUAAGACCAAAGCUAAGACUAAGAAAGUCAAAAUGGUAGAAAAUUUCAAGUUUAGAUCCAAUAGUGAUUUGUGAAUGCUGCAUCUUAAGGAAUUAGCUACUUGUUUCAUGAUGUGUGUCAGAGUGAAUACUGAUGAAGUAGGAAGUCUAAACUUGGGGAGUAGUUGUUAGAAGAUUUCACAGAAGUGUGUGUGUUGCUUCACCAUAAUAAGCUGUAACAAUGUAGCUAUUUUACAUUUUAUUUUUCUGUAUUCUUUAAAGUAUACUUUAUGGAUAAAUAUCUUAGCAUUUUAAUGUAUUUAAAUCCAGAUUGUAUUAUGGAAUAUUUUGUAACUAUUUAUUUUUAAAAUAGCAUUUGGGACAUAUUUUUCUCCAUUUAGUUGGUUCUCUCUCUUACCUCAUCCAAGUAUAUAAGGUUUAAUUCAUUAUGCUCAUGUUAAGUUGAAUGGCACCAAUUUCAUUCUAAAUCCCAAGUGGAUAUAAUGCUUUGAGGCCUUGAUUCCUAUAUCUUCAUUAUGCAUAAUGAGCUUGUUGUCUGUCUCAGCAAUAAAGGAUGUUACCCUAAUUCAGGGAAUUCUGGGAUGCAGUUAUUAAUGCCAUAUCUACGUCUUCCCAAUUCUUGUGGCUGAAACUCUACACUUCAGUUCCAUUCUGUUAGGUCUCAACUACAGUGAAGCUACAAAAGCAUUUGCACAUCAAGGGUAAUCCCACAGGCAUCCAGAGAACCCUUAAUUGGUCUAUGGCAGAAUUCAUGUUUAUACCAGACUGGUAAUUAUAGUUUUGUUUGUCACAUUAAUCAUUACUUGGCUUUUAAUAAAUUUAAAACCUGUUCUCCUGGUAACUCAUAAAAAGCCUAGUCCAAUGAUUUAAGAUAAGAAUUCCAAGCAGAAACAAUCCUUUGGAACUUUUGUCUCCCAAUGUGAUGAUCUUACUAAAAUCAUUGCUAUAAAAAGUCCUGAGAUAAAAAAUAUGAAUAAUUUUUCUUAAUAUAAGUUCUUAAAUCAUUAGAAAUAAGAAUAUAGGCAAGCAAUAAGUAUUUAAAUACAUAGCAUGUUUUCUUAACAGAAAUUAAUUAUAUCAAAACAUGCCAGUGUUUUGUCUAUUUGGACUGGGUAGUGAUUUACAUAGUUCUUAACUAUUCUUAUCUUCAGAUUCUCUUAUGAUAAAUUAACUAGGUGCUCUCUAAAGAAUAUUGUUGUCUUUUCAUACACAAAAUUUCGACUUGGAGCCCAAAGACAAAUUCAGGUAAACCUCAAAAAUAAUGUUUCUUGGAGCUAAUUUUCCUCAUUUGUCCGCCUGCCAGUUAUUCUGGAUUCAAGAUCAAGAUGUGAAGUCAUGCUAAACAGAAAGUUAGCAUUUUGCCAUUUAUUAAGACUAAAAAUAAUUAUCAGUCAGCAUCCUCUUCCUUAUAACAAGAUCCAUCAAAUAUGUUACAAUUAUUUACUCGUUUAAAUAGCAUUUGAGCAUGCCUAUUUACAGACAGUAUUGCUGUUAGCCAAUUUAAUACUGAGCCAUAUGUACUUAAUAUCACAUCCAACAUCACAACUCUACUACAAAAGACUAAGUUCACAAAUAAAGUGUUUAUUUUACCAUGUGCAAAAGGACUUGAGUUAUAGUUCUUGAACAUUAGUAUUGUUUUUAAAAAGAAAUUUAAGAUCAUUUAUGUCCAUUGCCCAUUUGUAAACAUCAAUUAAUUUGCUAGUAUUUUUUCUUAAUACUAUUAUAUCACUACUUUAUUUCCAGACUACCAGCAAAUACUUAGAUAGUAAUUUUAUUGAUAUUAGGAAUGAUCUUAUGUAUCUCUAGUAAUUAUCUACCUAUACUGGUUUAAUUUUGAACUCAGAUUUUAUACCUCAGAAAAAUAGCCAAAAAAUUAAAGAAUAAAAUUACAGAUGAUCUCUUUAAGCAAGAAUUUACAUUAAGCUCAUUUCAGGUUCCAAAUAAAUUAAAUCUCAUCAAUGAUAUUUAAGAAUAGCAACAUUAAUAUAGCUAGCUUGAAAUAUGAAGUAUUUCAGAGUGAUUCACUUAAAUUGAUAUGACUACUCAUUCAUACUCCUCUAGACAGAAGAUAAUUACCAAAACUGUGCCAGUGAAUUUGUGUACUCAGACCAAGAAAUGAUUUCCAUAGUUCUUAACCAACCUGUCAGAUAUUUAGGAUGAAAAUCAUAUUAUACUGCCAUAGAACCACUGACUAGAAAGAAAGAAAUGAAUCAUUUGCUCUUGAUUAACAUGCCAGUUUAUAACCAACUUUAAUUAUUUACACAUUCCUGUCUUGGUAAGUGCUCUAGUUGACACUUCAUCCAAUUUUCAAAGAUAUUUCAAAGAGGAUUUGGAGAUUUCUAUUUUGCUAGAGAGACAUUCUUGGUCUAAUUCAAUAUUUAUCAGCUCUCUUUUGUGGAGAGGAUUUGCUGGGCACUUUUAUUUGCAAUUUAUAAGUAUCUAGUGUUUCUGUAGACUAUUUUACGUACCUAAAAUUUUUAAUGGAUUGUUCCUACCAUUUGAAAUGUGAUAGUUUUGCAUAAUCUAUUUGUAAGGUGUUGUUUCCAAUGUUACUUAUUUGUGGAGCUUGCUAUACAGCCUUGAUAUAUAUAUAUAUCAGGUUUGUAAAACAUUUGAGUGAACUGUUCUUUGAAAUUUUAUUUUUUUAAAUUUUCUUAUGAAUACGAUAUUAUAGAACUGAGACACAUAUUUGAUUAUCUAAUUUUUCUUUUGUUGUAUUUGAUUAUGUUACUCCAGUUAAAAUAAAAGCAUUUUGGUG